CUCAUCUAAUUGUGCUUCAAAAAAUGCCAUUAUUGUCUUUGCUUCUCCAUUUCCUUUGAUUCCAUAAAUUUCAAUUCAAACAGUUUAAAGUUCAAACUCACAGCUCCCCCCCACCUCUCUCCCCUUCCUCAGCCACCGCACACGGUGGCUGUUUCUCCAAUGGCACCAAACCCAAACCCAGAUCCGAAUCCAAACCCAAACCCAAACCCAAAAGAUCCAAUCACAGACUACACCAAAACCCAGCGCAUAGUCCUCCUCAUUGACCUAAACCCAAUUCUCCACCUCUCUGACCAAACCCAGUUCCUCAAUUCUCUCCUUUCCUCCUCAAACACCUUCCUCUCUUUCCCUCCUCUCUCUUCCUCUCUCUUCUCCUUCAAAUUCUUCUUCUCUUCCCUCUCCCCCCUCCUCUCCUCCUCCAAACUACACCGUUUUGUCCCCACCUCUUCCCUCUCCUUCAAUGACGCCUCCACCACCCUCCUUUCCCUCUCUAAAGCACUCAAUUCGUUGCCGACACUUUAUGCACACCAACUGUUUGAUUCUUUGCCCGUGUCGUCCCGGGGUUCGUUUCUUGCUGCUUCUAUGCGCCAGCUGGUCCACGACUACGCGUGGGAUCCUGUCGCGGAUGAUUCUACAACGGGUACGCUUUUGAAUAAUGAUUCUCUUGUUGUUGGGUCGAAUUUGGUUGUUUUGUUUUCUCCGGUUUGUAGGUGUGUAAAGUCUUUGUCUGAGUUUUUGAAUGUGGGAGUUGAAGAUGAGUGUUUGGAAAAUGUGGAUGCUUUUUGUGAAAAAUUUUGCGGGCUUUUUGAGAAUGUGAAUGAUGCGUAUGUUAGUAGGGAUAUUCGAUUUAGUUGGGUGGAUGUUAGGUAUGAGUUGGAUGGGGUUGAAAAUAAGAUUGAGAUUGAUGAAUCUAAAUUGAAAUUUGGGUUUUUUGCAAGUGGGAUUAGGAGUUUGGGUUGGGGGUUUUGCUCCACUGAUUCGAUUGUUCUUGGUUCUGCUCUUGUUCCCUUUGGGUUGAUUUAUCCAAAGAUUGCAAUUUCAUCAAAGGUUUUUGAUUAUAGUGAUAGUUGUAAGACACUUAAUGCACAGUUGAGUCUUGAGAUAUUGGAUGUAAGUGGGAAGCCUUUGGAAUGCAAGUGCUGUGAUCUUCAACUGGUCAAUUUGAAGAUGUCACCUAGAAAUAGAUCUAAAGAUCUUAUGUUUACUCCAGAUGUGGUGGGUUGUGAACGGAAGAACUCGUUUUGGGAACUUUUUGGUGAUGGGCUAAUAAAACUCCAUAUUAAGGCUGUGCAAAGAUACGUUGAGUGUGGGAAAUUUGUUGGGCAUUUAGCUGAAAAUUUAGUUCUUGUCUGUGAAUCUUUUGGAGGCUCUAAGAAUGACCAGAAAGAAAGUUCUGGUGAUUUUUUUGCAGAUAGGGUUCUUGAAAUGCUAGCAAUGGAAUUGGGUGAGUUUGUGCAUAGAAAGUCUACACCCAUUUGGCAGAUUCUUUUGAGUUUUCUUUAUAGGGAAGGUUACUGGGCAUUAGUGUCUCUUUCAAAUGGCAGCGGUGAUUCACAUAUGGGAAUUCUCAAGCCUUUCACAGUUUCUUCGGCUGUCCUUUCUAUUAUAGAAGACGGAGUUUAUCCUCCCCACAGGGUACAUGAUUCUGGUGAAGCAAAUGUGGCGCGAUUUAUUAUGAAGAUGGACAAUGAGACUUGCAAACCCAAUAUAGACUUGAAGCACUCCGAUGGGUUUAUAGAUUCUCAACCUGGGUCUUCACCAUCUAAUAAGGCGGCAACAGUUGGAGAUGGUACAAGGAAAAAGAAUAAGAAUAAAUUAAAUAUGCUUCAAGACCUCACAUGGAGUGCCUUCUGCAAGACAGCAUUUGAGCACUCUGCGCUAGAUUUGGGAGAGGUCUACUUUUCCAGGGAAAGAUAUAACUCAAAGAAGUUGAAAUUUCUGAAAUGUUGGAUGAAGCAGAUUAAGAAAUCUAGUUGUUCCAGUCUAAUUUUACAGGAAAAGUCCAAGCGGCAUAAGGACAUUGAAACACAAAUAGAUGAUAGAUUGACUUCAUUGCACCAAGAAAGUGAACAGCCAGUCUCUUCAUCUGCCUCAGCUGGAGAAAACUCUUUGACUGAGGCUUCUAGGAUACACGACGAAGCUGCUGUUGAUUUACAGUCAGAAACUUCUGAAGCUUUUUUCAGUAGUCUUUCCAAUAAGAUCCAACAAGGACUUGAGUUUGAAGGAGUAGACUUGGGGGCUUUGGCAGAGCGGCUUGUGAAAUCAUCCAUAUAUUGGUUAUAUCAAAAGCAUGAAACCGAAUCCCCUUCAGCAAGUCAAACUACUGUGGUAAAAUCUGAUGAUGCUUGUGGUAGAAUAGUUCCUGAACUAACAAACCUUUUACUAAGGGAGCCUAAGGACUUGGUGGCAAAGCACAAAAAUAAUGAUUCGUCCUUUCAAGCAUCUGAUCCAGGAUGUACUGGAUUUGGUUCAAAAGAUAUAGUCAGAGAAUAUGAAUUGCAGAUAUUGUUUCGGAUGGAGAUAAUACGAUCAGAGGUUGGAGCAACUAUUGGGGAGUCUAUGAAACAAAAGUUUGUCAAACAAAUUUGCUUGCUUUUAGAGACCAUUCAGUGCCAUCUGGAGAGAGGCUUUUUUGGAGAUUGGAGCCUUGAUAAUUAUGUAGGAAAGAUAAUAAAAAGCAGGUAUUGUCACACCCUGGAAGAUGUUGUUCAUAGAAUAUAUACAAGAAUGGAUUUGUUGCUGUUUGCCGAUGAGGAUAAAUCCCCUAAUCGUUUACUCAACAGUGAGGAUAGCAAUCAAUCUUGGAGAGAAAAAUCAGAGAGAGAUGAGAUUGGUGAAAAUUAUAGAACUAAUGAACCGGUGUCAGCAGAAGCCGAGUCCCUUCAGCUGCCACACAAUGACAAUGGAAGCCCCCAGGGGAAUAAACAAGAGGAUCAUGCUCGUAGAUUAAUGGAGGCUCAAAAGAGGAGAGAGAGGGCUCGGAGAUUUUCAUCUUUCACAAGUUGGAUGCCUGAUUUGCAGAGAGUUUGGGCCCCUAAGCAGCCAAAGUUGAUAAAGCAAAAGUCAGAUCCUCUUCGGAAGCUUUCAAAAAGGAAGGAACGGCGAAGGGUAAACUACGACAUGGUAUGUGAGACUCCUAUGACGGCAAACAUGGUAUGUGAGACCCCUAUGACACGGAACAAACGUUCUUGCCCACGGGGAAGCAGUAUUGAUGAUAAAGACUACCAAGAUUCUGGAAGUCAAUCGGGUGGUUCUGUUUCUAAGGCAUUGUUUCAGGAUGACCAAUGAUAUGAGCCAGUAAAUUUUCUUCAAGCUGACCUGAUUUGUGACUUUCAUCUGAAACUAUGUGUAAAAACAUUAAAAAGACACUAAGAACCAGCUGCCAUACAUUUCUGGAUUUAACAAGGGAAGCCUACUUGAGAGUUCAACCAAAAGUGGUUGAGAAAUAGAGUUGAUAUACUUGUACCUUUUUCAUCUUAUUUUUAUUUAUUUGUUUGUAAAAUUAGUUGAACAUUGUAUUUUUUUUUUCCAAAUUACCUUAACCUGAAUGUAUUUUAGACCCUCGAUUAAAUAAAAUGGAAAGAGGAUGAACUGUGAUGCUCCUCCACAUUUAUGUAUUUUA